AUGAGAACGGGUCUACUCGUAUUAUUUUCUAUAUCCUGUAUAUAUUCUGUAGAACAUGAUUCGAUAUGUGACGAUGAAGAUAGUUGUCCGGAACCGACACACACUGUGAUUCGGUUAGCAAAAAGGGACGACAAAUUGGCACGGCAGCUAGCCGAGGAGCAUGGAAUGCUAGUGCGGGUAAGAUCAAUCUUUCGAGUUUUUACUCACCCAGUCCCAGUCCUUCGCUCGUCGUUUGACCUCGCUUUCCGCAUCGUCUUGCGAAAGUGA